CCUCUCACUUUAGGACAGCACUGGGCAGCUACAUUUCACACCUGCGCGAUAAUGACCACUUUAUUUGACAUGUUAGUCUCAGUGUCGGAAACGAUGAUUCUCGCGAAAGCCAAUUUGGAAAUUCCUUCAGCCGUGGUCACUUUCUUAAUAUAUCCCACCAAUCAACUGAUCGAAGAGCAUGAUUGGUCACUUGUACCGUUGGGUGGGGAGGAGGGGUUAGGUGGAGACGUAGCUUCACCCAUUGUUUUGGCAGUAUGUGGAGGUUCUUGCUCCACAGACAGGCGCCAUGAUCAAGGAGGAUUCCCAAGAGGAGACCAAGAUCGACCUGGAGGGGAUCGAGGAGCAGUCUGAGGAGCAGUCUGAGGUGCAGUCCGAGGUACAAUCAGAGAUAGGGUCAGAAUAUGGUGCCCAACCCAAUCAAGGAGCCACCAGGCCCUCGCUAAAGGACAGGGACCCCAAAGGAGUCAACCAGUGCCUUAAGGUCACCUUCGUAGACGUCAUUGCUGAGCCUCCCUCAGUGCGCAGCUUCGACAAGGUGUGGCUGUGGAGCCACGCCCUGUUUGAGGUCUCCAGGAUCUGGUUCUACAGGAUCAUCUCUCUGCUGCUUGCUGUGCCACUGGCUUUGAUCGCUGGGGUGCUCUUCGCCCUCCUCAGCUGCCUCCACAUAUGGUUGAUCAUGCCCUGUGUCCAGCUCUUCCUGAUCAACAUGCACUGGGUCCGGACCAUCUGGGCCAGCGUUUUGGACAUCACCAUCUCUCCUCUGUUCAGCAGCAUGGGGAAAUGCUGUGGGGCUAUCAGCAUUCGAGUGGCACAGGAAUGACUGUUCACACCAAGUUGUCAGAACGACCCCCCUUCAGAACUCCCUUAUCCUCAGUGUAGACAGAGUAAGGGAGGGGGCACCUCCCCAGGAAAGCCCAGCUUUUUGAAACGGUAGGAAGUUGCAGUUACAGUCAAAUAACCUGCUGCCAUCCUGCACAUGGAAUGGAAUACUAAACCUGACAGAUGAGCCAGGGGAGAUCUUGCUGGACACACUGUCGGCAGCUGCUGAGGUUAACGGUUUUACAAGGACUUUAUAGGAGUAACAUUCUACCAUUGUGACAAAAAAUGCUACAUUGUUUUCUGAUGUGUUGAAAAGUGGUGUUCAUUUAAAAUCAUGAUACUGAACACAAAGCAAUAAAGUUGCUUUGAUUGA